UUGGCGCUCAAUUUGUUGAAAAAAGAAGCGGCGCCGUUCAGCGGGAGCUUCGGUGUAAGUCAGAGUUUGACCUUUUAAAUGAGGUCCUACAUCGUCCGGCACCCUGGACCAUAACGAGGCAAUGAUUUCUGUUCGAGACCCCAAGGAGUUUAUACCUCACGGCCGGGGUCACUGCAGCCGCCAUCCGCGGGAGGUCGGGCUGCCCCCGCCCUCCAGCGACGCUGCCGUAGCCGCCACAGUCACCGGCAAACAACAGGCGGGCCGCUGGAGGCUGUACCUGUACCCCGAGGACGGGGAGGACGCUGCCGAGGAGGAACUCUACACGGAGGACAAUGUGCUCAUCUGCAGCCGAGGGCAGGGCGCUCACCGCGCCUUCACGCUGGACGCACCCGUCUCCAACGCGCUCAGGUGUGAGUACACGUCCAGCGCGGCCGCCCACGUGCUCAGCGAGCACCCUCCGCAGGCGACCGACGCCAGCCAGCGGAUCGCCGCGCUGAGCUGCGUGUCGGCGGCGGCCGUGCACUCGUGGACGGACGACGGCGAGCACUUCAUCACACCGCUGCCAUUCCAGGUACGACGCCUGUGGGCCAUGAACGAGGGCCUGCUGGUGGAGCGUCACGUCACCGAGGACGACAAACUACCCACGCUGUUCUCGCUGCUGCACCCGCUCGACGACAUCGCGCCGCUCAUCACCCGCAUCGGCGCCUGUGAGCCCAGUCUGGCCACGGGCAGCCAGGUCUCUGUGGCCCUGGUGUGCCGCCGGCCGCCGCUCUGCGUCACCUACGACCAGCAAACGGGCACACACACCGUGUGGCGCGUGCGGCGCACAGAGCCGGCCGAGUGGUGGGCGCCCGACGCCGGCGAGCUCACCAUGGCCGCCACGCCGCGCUCGCUGUCACACUGCUCGGUGGGCCCGUCGCCGGCGCACGGCUCUCAGCUGAGGUCCGAGGGCGGCACGCCGCUGCCGCGCAGCCGCAACAACAGUCGGCUCAACGCCUCCGCGGCGCUGCACAGCCUCUCCGCCGGGCCCGGGCCCCACAGCCGCUCCCAGUCUCCGAGCGUGCUGGCCCUCUCCGCCAACACAGCCUCGUACCUGCGGCUGCACGUGACGCCAUCCCCGCAGCGGCCCAGCGCGUCCACCACGGCCGGCUCGGUGCUCGACGAGACCAUCCUGGAGCAGGGCGAGCCGCUGCGGCCCGAGAUCUGCCUGCAGCACGUGUGGCGCGACUCGCUGGCCACCAGUGAGCCGGCUCGCGGCGGUUUCCUGACCACCGACCUGUCGGGCGUCAGUUACGUGGUGCUGCUACUGCCCAGUCGCGGCCAGGCGCGUCUGAUCCGACUGGACACGGCGGCUGACGGCGGGCUGACUGUGCGCGGACAGGGCACCACGCUGCAGGCCAGGGACGCAGUGGCAGUGCCGUCGACCAGCACGAUGCUGGUGGUGGACCAGUGCUCGUCCCUGCUGCUCUACAGCGGCCUGUUCCGGCUCUGUAAGGUGCACGUGCCCGGCAUUCCGCCGCCCUCACUGAGUCUCAGCCUGACACUGCCGCCCAGUCUGCCGGGGUCGCCAUUCUGCCCGCCACGGAGGAGCAGCUUGGUGGCGUCAGCGCGCGGCGGUGGCGGCGGCGGCGGCCUGGAGGCCCGGUUUGAUGACGCCCUGUCCCUGACCCUGUCCCCGGUCCGGCCGGAGCCAGAGCAGCCCGACCCGUCGCCGCACAAGUUCGACAGCAGCACGGGUCAGGAGGACGUCACCAUGCCGCUCUCUGGGUCUGUAGUCGCCCUCAGAGACGUCUGUGGAGACUCGGUCAUCAUGGAGCACAGCUCCGGCAGCCUGUACCGGUUCACGGUGCCCUCUCCGGCAGACAGCGGCGUGUUGGCCGCCUGUCUGCGCGCCGCGCGCGGCUGCCUGCCCCGCGAGCUGGCCAACCAGCUGACGGCACGCUGGUUUAUGGCGCGCCACGCGCCCGGCGCGCGCCACAUGACGCCCGAGAAACGGUGGCGCGCCUUCGCCGCCACGCUGCUCCGCAUGCUGGGGUACCAGGUGGAGCGGCUGCCGAUCGGGCCGCUGCUCGACGUGACCGGGCCGAGCGUCAGCCACCAGCGCGGCAAACGCUCCCGAUCAGAGGACGGCACGGACGAGGACUGGGAGUUUCUGUUGGCGUCCACGCACCACGCCGAGUUCGUGUCGGAGCGCGGGGCGGCGCCGGCCGCCGGGACGCCCUCCGAGUACCGCGUGGAGCCGUCCGCGCCGCUGUUCCCGCACAUCGCCACGCUGCUCUUUGUCCUCCACCUGGUCUAUGAGGACUGUAAGCUGGACUCCCUGAGUGUGGACCUGCUGCCUGCCAUGGCUGCCGUGCUCCAGCAGUUGGCCCUGGACCUCGGCUGGGACGGAUAUGUCGACCACUAUUGGAGGGACUUCCCCGGGCAGUGCCGGCAGCCGGGCGAGCCGCACAGCAGCGGAAUCAGUCAGCAGGACAUGACCUCAGUGCAGUACCCGAACUACAUCAGCCGCCAGCCGCCGGACCUGCUGCAAAGUCUGGAGGACCGGCCGCCGCCGGACGCCGCAGGCUUCCCCCAUUUGGCCGGCGUUAACGAACUCUCGGCACACAUGGUCAUGGUGUACGCCCUGCUGCGCGGCCAGGGGACGGAGCUGGCGGCUCUGCUGCGGCCGGUGCCGCCGCCGCCCGGUCCCAGCGCCGAGCCGGGCGCGCUGCUGGGCGCCGUGACCGAGCUGCUGGCCGACCAGCAGACGCGCGACGCCCAGCACCAGCAGCGCGGGCAGCAGCAGCAGCUGUCUGAGCAGGAGCAGCGCCAGCAGCUGGCCGUCCGGCUAAUGGACAAACUCGGUUACGUCUGGUCCCGUCUGCAGCAGCUGCCGGCCGGUGUCCGGCUGCCGCUGGUCUGUGCCGUGCUGGCGGUGCGCGCCGCCCCGCCAGCAGACUGCUCUGACUCUCUGUGUCGCCUGGUGGGCCGAGAGGAGCUGACGGGCGCCGCGCCGCCGCCACCGGGCCCGCCGCCGCCGGCGCCACUACCGUCCGCGCAGCAGCCGGCCGACAGCCAGCCGACGCAGGGAGACGGCGCCGAGGACGGCUCGGAGUGCGUGGACUCUGAGCUGGUGCAGCUGCUGUGGCCGGCCGACCACCGGCUCGAGGAGGCGCACCAGAUGCUCCAGUCCAGCCGGCCCGUCACCGUGGCCGCGCCGCCGCGGCCCGAGCUCUCCGACCACGAGCGUAUGGACGAGCAGAAGCGGCUGCUGUACGCGCUGUGCCAGCGCACCAUGGCGCUGCCCGUGGGCCGCGGCAUGGUGGGGCUGCACUCGGCGGCGCCGGUGGUCACCCAGCCGCUAGCCGUGCCGCCGCUCUGUCUGACGGGCCGCGCGCCGCCGCGAGGCGCCACCGUCGACCUCAGCGAGAUGGACCUGCCGGCCAACAUGAACACGUGGCCACACUUCCACAACGGCGUGGCGGCCGGCCUGCGCGUGGCGCCCGACGCCGAACAGAUCGACGCCGCCUGGAUACUCUACAACCGGCCCAAGACGAGUGCCGAGAACCCGGUGGAGCACGCCGGCUUUCUGAUGGCACUCGGGCUGAACGGCCACCUGUCUCACCUGGCGCGGCUGAACGUGCACGACUACCUGAUCAAGGGCAACGAGAUGACGUCGGUGGGUAUCCUGCUCGGCCUGGCCGCCUGCAAACGAGGUACGAUGGACAUUAACACGACCAAGCUGCUCAGCAUUCACGUCGAGUCGAUGCUGCCGCCCACCAGUCGCGAACUGGACAUCGCGCACUCUGUGCAGGUAGCUGCGGUACUCGGUGUGGGCCUGGUGUACCAGGGCUCCAGUAACCGGCACAUGGCCGAGGUGCUGCUGCGCGAGAUGUCCCGUCCGCCGGGUCCCGAGAUGGAGAACAGCUGCGACCGCGAGGCGUACGCGCUGUCGGCGGGCCUCGGCCUGGGUCUGGUCACCCUGUGCAGUGGCACCGACCAGCUGGGUAUCACGGCCAGUCUGCACCAGCUGAUAUUCGGAGGCAACAAACCGCCGCUCACCGGUCCUCAGAAGGAGAAGUACAAGACGCCCAGCUACCACAUCAGGGAGGGCGAGACGGUGAACACGGACGUGACAGCGGCGGGCGCCACACUCGCGCUGGGACUCAUGUACAUGGGCUCCGGCAACAGGGCGGUGGCCGAGUGGCUGGCGGCGCCGGAGACGCUCUACCUGCUGGACAUGGUUCGUCCGGACCUGCUGCAGCUGCGCACCCUCAGCCGCGCGCUGGUGCUCUGGGACCAGGUGGAGCCCUCCACCGACUGGGUGGACGGCCACCUGCCGCCGCUGGUGCGGCCCGACACUGAGCGCAGCCACCAGCCCGGCAUGGACUACCAGACCAUCAGCCAGGUGUACUGUCACGUGACGUCGGGCGCGUGCCUGGCGCUGGGUCUGCGGUACGCCGGUACGGCCGACCCUGAGGCGUACCGCACUCUGCUGCACUACACUCGCACCUUCAUCGGACACGCGAACUCGACGGUGUCCGAGGAGGCCGGCCGGCCCACCGUGGAGAACUGCCUCUGCGUGACACUGACCGCACUGGCCAUGGUGAUGGCCGGCACCGGUGACCUGGACGUGCUGCGGAUCUGCCGCUACCUGCGCGCCCGCGUCGGUCCGCAGAGCGUGACGGUCAACUACGGCAGCCACCUGGCCGUGCACAUGGCGCUGGGCCUGCUGUUCCUGGGCGGCGGCCGGCACACGCUCAGCAACAGCCCGCCGGCGGUGGCGGCGCUCCUCUGCGCCCUCUUCCCGCGCUACCCGCUCACCAGCUGCGACGGCAGGUACCACCUGCAGGCGUUCCGGCACCUGUACGUGCUGGCCGCCGAGCCGCGCCUGCUGGUGCCCCGCGACCUCUCCUCGGGUCAGCUCACCUACUGCCACCUGGCGGUGACGCUGCGCACUGCCGACUCGCCGGCCGGCCGGCAGGUGGCGGUGGAGGCGCCCUGCCUGCUGCCCCAGCUGGACACCGUGCUGGAGAUCAGGGUGGACGACGACCGCUUCUGGCCGUUCACAGUCACCUCAGAGGCCGGGGUCAAACAGCUGGCGGAGCGACUGAAGUCGGGCGGCCGGCUGAACGUCAAACGGAAGGCGGUGGGCGGCCUGCAACAGCAGGAGCUGCGCGCGCAGCUGACUCAGACCCUGGUGGGCGAGCGGCAGACCAACUGGUCAGCGCAGUCGGAGCUGCUGCUCUCCUCUGUCAGUCCGGAGGAGCAGCGCAGUCUGUGUCGGCACCUGCUGCCGCCGGGCUGCGCCGACGGCGGCCGGCUGCCGCUGCAGCUGACCGCGCUGCUGCAGCUGUGCCUCAGCCGGCAGCAGGCCGAGCUGUUCCUGCCGGCCGUCAGCCUGCUGCUGCACACCCGCUCCGGACGACACCUGCGCCCGCUGCGGCUGCUCCGCCUGAACGGCGCCGGAUCCACGCUGGGAGCAAUAGCCGACUGCGCCGAGCUGUGGAUACAGGCGGAGCUGGCGGAGCGGGAGAGCGAGGCGGGCUCGGCGCUGACCGGCUACCUCACGGGCCGCUCGGUGGCGGCAGACCCUCACCAGCUGUCCGCUUACCUGAGCUUCUUCGGCGCACCGCGCUGGGGGUGCCUCGCCCAGCUGCCACAGGAUUGUCUGCAGGAAGUGGAGCGAGUGUUUGACCUGCUGCCGUCCGAGCACAUGUCCCCUCUGGAGCGGGUCACCGUCGCCCAGCUGCUCGCCGCCCCCGGACAGGCGUGACGUCAUACCUACAGCUGCCGACCGCGCCCGGACAGGUGUGACGUCAUAUCUGCAGCUGCUGACCGCCCCCUGGGUGACGUCAUACCUACAGCUGCUCGCCGCGCCCGGACAGGUGACGUCAUAUUUGCAGCUGCUGACCGCGCCCGGACAGGCGUGACGUCAUAUCUGCAGCUGCUUACUCUGGGUGACGUCAUACCUACAGCUGCUGACCGCGCCCGAACAGGUGUGACACGGCUGGGUGACGUCACAGCUCGUACAGCCGGUGUGACUUCAUUACACUGGUCAGGUGACGUCAUACCUCUUACGUCAACGUGAUCUGCGACCGGUGCGAUUCCAGUUACCUGAAGAGUUUCAAGUGAGAUGUGCUGUAGACCUUCAGAUCACGAAGUGACUCGGUGAUAGCAAAGUGGUGAUAACUGAAAAAUGACUGAAGUGAA